ACAAGCGCCACAUUCUCGUUACAAGAACAUUUCCUCUUCCUCAGCUCAUCACAUCACACUCCCCUAUAGUAUCUUCCAAAACAAAAUCUCCAAAUGCAUCAAAGAAAAAACUUUAUUUAUCUUGUUUCAAAUUAUUAUGCACAUUAGUGUUCCAAGACAUUUUAUAGGUUUUAAAGAACUGAAAAUAGUUGGACUCAAAUUUGGGAAUAUGGCCUGUUGUUUGAUAGCAGCUUCCCAAUUCUUGCAUCCAUUGGACUUUUGGGAGAAGUUCUGUUUUGAAUUUCUUUGCGGGAUGUCACAAAAGCCUCCCAGAGCUGCUGUUUGGUUGUGAACUGCCUCCCAACCUCCUACAAACCCCAAUUCCAAUGAAGUUGUGCAAAACAUACAUAAAAACAGAAUACAAUGAUUUACAAAUCAUUUUCAAACUAUAUUCAAUUAACUACAGCGCAAAGACAGAAUAUUUCAUGUUCAAACUGAUAUUGUUUUUUUUGCAAAUAUUCACUCGUUUUGAAUUUGAUGCCUGCAACACGUUCCAAAAAAGCAUGUUUCACCUUUCCUUUUAACAACACUCAGUAAGUGUUUGGGAACUGAGGACACAAAUUGUUGGAGCUUUGCAGCUGGAACAUUUCCCAAUUUUUGCUUGAUGUACAACUUAAGUUGCUCAACGGGGUCUCUGUUGUCGUAUUUUGCACUUCAUAAUGUGCCACACAUUUUCAAUGGCAGAGAGGCCUCGACUGUUGGCGGGCCAGUCUUGUACGCGCACUCUUUUACUCCAAAGGCACGAUUUUGUAACACGGGAAGAAUGUGGCUUGGUAUUGUCUUGCUGAAAUAAGCAGUGACAUCCCCCCAAAAAAGACAUUGCUUGGAUGGCAGCAAUCUGAGACCAUGGUCCUCAGUCGGAAAAGGGUGGCAUGCCAUCUCCAGGUCGGGGAUGAGAUCCUGCCCCAAGUGGAGGAAUUCAAGUAUCUUGGGGUCUUGUUCACGAGUGAGGGAAGAAUGGAAUGGGAGAUCGACAGGCGGAUCGGUGCAGCGUCUGCAGUGAUGCGGACUUUGUAUCGGUCCGUUGUGGUAAAGAAAGAGCUAAGCCGAAAGGCGAAGCUCUCAAUUUACCGGUCGAUCUUCGUUCCUACCCUCACCUAUGGUCAUGAGCUGUGGGUCGUGACCGAAAGAACAAGAUGCCGGAUACAAGCGGCCGAAAUGAGUUUCCUCCGCAGGGUGUCCGGGCUCUCCCUUAGAGAUAGGGUGAGAAGCUCAGUCAUCCGGGAGGAUCUCAGAGUAGAGCCGCUGCUCCUCCGCAUUGAGAGGAGCCAGAUGAGGUGGCUGGGGCAUCUGAUUCGGAUGCCUCCCGGACGCCUCCCUGGUGAGGUGUUCCGGACAUGUCCCACCGGGAGGAGACCCCGGGGACGACCCAGGUCACGCUGGAGAGACUACAUCCUUCGGCUGGCCUGGGAACGCCUCGGGAUCCCCACGGAAGAGCUGGAUGAAGUGGCUGGGGAGAGGGAAGUCUGGGCGUCCCUGCUGAAGCUACUGCCCCCGCGACCCGACCCGGAUAAGCGGAAGCGAAGGCCGCGCCUGCUCAGCCGCAAGUCGGCAUUCACGCAGACUGCCAGUGCAGACAUGAAUCGUGUGCUCGUGUGCGUGCUGACGGCUGCUUUGAGUCUCGGAAACGGUCAGCAAACGGUGCACCAGCUGGCGGGCGAUGUCCACGCUGUGGAGGGCGCAAGGGUGACGCUGGACUGCAGUUUCGGCAGGACAGGGAGCGACGACUACAUCUUCUGGUACAAACAGCAAGUGAACGCAGCACCCGAUUUUGUUCUGAGUAACUCAAAGUUCAGUCGGGGCAAGACGGAGAAGAAGUACGCCGACAGGUUUCGCGCCAGCAUGGACGCCAGCGCCCUGCAAGCUCCUCUGCAUAUCGAGAGCGUGAAGCUGAGCGACUCGGCAGUCUACUACUGCGCCCUGCAGCCCACGCUGACACAUCCGCUGGCGUGCCUGUACAAAAACACCUGCACCCGCCUCGUGCCACCUUACGUUGGGGGUCUGGAGCGAACGGCUUGAUUUUUCACCAUUUUGAACCCUCAUUUUAUAUCCCUUCAUUUUUUUUUUAAUCAUUCAAAUUUUGAAUGGUUGUUAACAAUUUUCUCUUUGGUGUGUUGAAUUUCAAAGAAAUAUUUUGUUUAUAUGUUGUCAAUAAAAGGAAUGAGAUCCACUCACAGA